AUGUUAAACUGGUGGCUGAUUGUGCUCUUGGUCGCCGUUGCCCUGAUGUGCGUGGGGCUUGGCGUCUAUGUACUCUUUUACUUCGUCUCGGAGGAGGAGGACAGGGGUGACCACGGCGCGCGGGUGGUCGUUGUCCUCGGCAUGGUGAUUGCCAUGGGCGUCGUGCUGCUGUUGCCGCUGGACGUUGCCAACGCCACCGACCCCACGGUGCCAAACAAGUACGCAAACACUCUCAACGUGCAGCUCAUGUGGCAGAUUGUGCUUUGGAUUGUUCUCAUCUUGGCCAUCAUCGUGCUACCGUUCGUGUUGUUCUUUUACGAGGCAUUUGACCCGGAGAAUAAUAGGCUCGGCAGGCAGAUUGGGCAGGCGCUGGUGUACUCCCUUGCCGUCUUUGGUGUGUUUGCCAUCAUCUGCGGGGUUUGCUACGGCCUGGUUGGGGUGGCGCGGGUGCCAGUGAGGGCGUACGUGGGGUUUCCGCAGCUUGUCCUAGAUGUGGAGCACGUUGUGUACAACGGCUCAAGUGUUUCUUCUCAUGAGGACAUAGGCGUUAGCUUCUUCACCUACUGCGUCGGCAUAAUGUGUUUCCUUGGAUGGAUUGCGUUUUUUUUCUACGGUGGGGUGGGGCUUGUGUCCUUCCCCAUUGGCCUCAUCUGCAGCUUUGUGAGGCGGACCAAGGCCAUCAGUGGAUCCCGCUUUGCAGAGGAGAUGGCCAUUAUCGCAGCCAAGAGCGAUGCGCUGCUGGAGUUGUCGCUUGAAAUGCAGCGGAAAUGUCGUGGUAGCAUCACUGCCUCACAGCGGAAUAAAAUCAACAUUUUACGCAACGAGACGUACAUUCUCGAGGCCCAGCAGGAACAGCUUAUAUGGGCCUACACAAAGGCGGGCGGCUCACCCUUCGUUGUCUACGGACGUCUUAUGCUGGGCAUCAUUUCCAGCGUCAUCAGUGUGGCGUGGCUGCUGCAUAUAUUUGUCUAUAACACCUUUGACGCAUCCCCCUUCCUUAAUGGUAUCCUCACUUCACUGGAUGGUACCUUUGCAUUCUUCGGCGUCAUCGCCUACGGGGUGUUUGUCUUUUACCUGAUGUGGGUGACCUUUGAGGGACAGAUGCGACUCGGCAUGCGGCUUGUGUUUCUUCAGAUUCAUCCGUUGAAGCCGCACGACACGACACUUAACUCACUGCUUUUUAACGUGGCACUGUGCCUGCUGACAACCCCUGCCGUUGUGGAGUUUGCCGCACGCUCCUUUCAAGAAUACGGCCCACGCACGGCGAUCAACGCCCUCAUGAACAUUUACGUACUGCACCUUAAAGGCAUCGGAUACUUUAUCAUGUGGGCCCAGUUUUGCUUUGUUGGUGUCUCGCUGCUAUCGGUGGUGUGGGUGAUUCUGUGCCCUGUGACCAAGCGGCGCAGGGACCCAACGAAGCUGCGGCUUUGA